GCGCUGCUGUGUUGUGGCAAAAAUAGCACUGGGUUUUUCCGGGUUUGAGAAAAGUGAGAAAUAUCUCCCCAUAUCCGUUGCCAUAUUGCGGAUGAUAUGAAGAAUUCUGGCGAAACUGAUUUGUUGACAGCUUCAGAUUGUGUUGUCAUCAACCACCUGUGCCUGGAAUAUACACCUGAGUCAAUUACGGAAAGAUUGAAAGAAUAAGGAGCCCCUGUAAUCCAACUCAAAGGCUGAAUUGAUGCGGUGCUUUCUAGUACUAAAAAGGUUGGUUGGGAGAUAACCAGCUGAAGAUGGCUGAGGCAGCUGAGGCCACAGCUAAAACCAUGUUAGGUGAGAUCAGCCAGGGUCACCUGGAAUGCCCCAUCUGCUUCUGUCGGUACAAAGAUCCCAAGAUACUGGACUGUCUCCACACCUUCUGCCUCAACUGUCUGGAUGGGAUGUUGAGCAAACAGCAGCCGAGUACAGGCAAGAUCACAUGCCCGGUCUGCAGGAAGGAAACCCCGGUGCCGGAUGCUGGCUUGCCCGGUCUACUCGAUUGUUUCUUCUUGAGUUCCCUGGUGGAUGAGAUCAACCAGCAGGAGCGGUCGCUGGAGACCCAGCAGCAAGCAACGACUUCACCGACGUGUGACGCAUGUGAGGAGGGGUUGGAGGUCGUCUCGCGAUGCAUAGACUGCGAGGAAAAUCUGUGUCAGCUAUGCAAGGCGGCUCAUGUGCGAUACAAACGCACCAAGACACAUCGGGUCACACCGGUUGAACACCCAGAGCAGAAAGAGGUUCCUUCGGCAGAUCUCAGCAAGACGUAUUCUCCGAAAUGUCAGAAGCACAGUAACCAGGAGAUGUAUUUUUAUUGCGAGACGUGCAAGAUGAUGACGUGCGGCAUAUGCGCCACGAUCGAUCACCGAUCGGCUGAACACCAGUUGAGUGAAAUCACCGACGCCGUCAGAUCCUAUCGUGAAGAAGUAAAUGAUGUCUUGAAGAAGUUUCAGAAGAGCAAAGAAGAAUUCAAAGCAAAUGAAGCGGCAGUCGACCACGCAAGAAACAGGCUGAAAAUAAUGGUGACCCGGGCCUGCAGCGCGAUUCAAGCUAAGGAGGAAGAAGACAUUGCCCAAAUCAAGAACAAGUCUCGAAUUCUAAGAGACAAGGUCACUGAAAUUGGCAAGAAGAGAGAUGAUGAGUUUGACAAAGUUCACACCGACAAUAAGAAGAAGAUGGAACGAGCAGAGGAGAUCGAGACAGCGGUGACCGACUUGAUGCAACAAGCUGACGACUUCGAACUCUUGAAUUUGAAGCCUAAGGUGAUGCACAAUCUGGAAUUCCAAAAAAAUCUCCAGUUUGAGCGAGUGAAACACGGUGAAUCUUUCAUCGGAUUCAAGUGCCAAGACGUUGUGCGCGAUAAAGAUCUUGGUGAAAUACUUCACGAAGAGAAAUGGAAGUUACAAAGCGAGUUUGGGAAGAAAGGAGAUUGGGACGGUGAGUUCAACUGUGCAGCAGGCAUUGCAUGCUUCAGCAAUGGCGACAUUGCUGUUAACGAUAUCAACAAGAAACGAUUGUCUGUAUUUACUUCUACUGGACACUACAAAUCAAUGUUUGAUCUGAACGCACCGUACGGUAUUACUGUAACGUCCCAUGAUCUUCUUCUGGCACACUGUGAAGAUCACGUGAAAGUUUUUGAUAAAAGCCAUCAAUUGAUUUCGAAGUUCAACCUACCCCUGACCGGUACCGAUAGCACUGAUCAGUGUUUUAUUUCUCCAUGGUCAAACAAUAAGACUUAUACUAGCGGUAUCACAGUUGACAAAACCAAUCAGGUAGCACUGGUUGACAAGAAGACAGGAGUCACAUCUCUUCACAGUCUAGACGGAUCCUUGAUCAGGGUCAUUCCUAAUACUAAAAUGGUUCCAAUCGACAUCAUCACAAACAAGAAAAGAUGCAUCCUUAGCGCAAUGUAUGAUGAAAGUGAAUUGCGAUGCGUAGAUGUGACCGGAAAAGUAAAUGUUACUGCUCGUCUGGGGCAAGCGAGGCCAGCUGGUGUAUGCUGUGAUGAUACGGGUGACAUCUAUGUUACCGUUCACGGUAACGGCUUAGACAAAGGGGUUGGUGAAGUGCUCCACUUUGAUCCACAGGGGGUCUUCAUUGGUUGUGUUGCUCGCGCAAUGCACUGGCCAUUUGGCAUAACCUUUUCUCCAAGCGGAGAACUUGUAGUGGCCGAUUACUACUCCGUCAAGAUUUUUCAUCGAGUAUGA